AUUUAGUUGUAUCAUCAGGCAGGAGCAUCAUGUCGCAUGGAGAAAAAGGAAAGUUCCCUGAUGCUGCAGGAUAUGUGGGAUUUGCCAACCUGCCAAAUCAGGUUCACAGGAAGUCUGUGAAGAAAGGCUUUGAGUUUACACUGAUGGUUGUAGGAGAGUCUGGUCUUGGCAAAUCAACCCUGAUCAACAGCCUCUUCCUGACUGACCUCUACCCAGAGCGCUAUAUACCUGGAGCGGCAGAGAAGAUCGAGCGCACGGUCCAGAUUGAAGCGUCCACGGUGGAAAUCGAGGAGAGGGGAGUGAAGCUCCGCCUUACUGUGGUGGACACACCCGGAUACGGAGAUGCCAUAAACAGCCAGGACUGCUUUAAGACGAUCAUCCAGUAUAUUGAUAAUCAGUUCGAGCGAUACUUGCAUGACGAGAGCGGACUGAACCGCAGACACAUCGUUGACAACAGAGUGCACUGCUGCUUUUAUUUCAUCUCUCCGUUUGGACACGGCUUGAAGCCUCUGGAUGUUGAGUUUAUGAAGGCAAUCCACAGCAAAGUCAACAUCGUCCCUGUGAUCGCCAAAGCUGACACGCUCACGCUGAGAGAGAGAGACCGUCUCAAGAGAAGGGUGAGGAUCUGACUCGCUCUGUCUACAACAAGCACAACUGAUCAUUUGACCACAUGACUAGCUGACAACAAGCCACAAAACUUACAACAGAUGUUAUAUUUGAUCUUCGUUGGUGUUGAUUACAGCAUUAAGACAAUGAGAAACACUUUUUACUAGUGCAUCGAGUGUUUGGUGAUCAGACAGUGUGUUACUGUAGCGUGGGGUGUGUAC